GUGAAAGCGCACCUUCCACAGAAACGGCAUCGGUUUGCGCGAGAGCGCGACGAAGAUGGGCACAAGAGUGUCAUUAUUUUAACUCAUAUUAACGCCAUAGUUAGUUUUAUACAAGAUGUUUGCGCGUAAUAUUGAGUAAUGAGCGAGCGGAGGCUCUCAGGAGACCGUUAAUGUUUGUCCUCGUCUAAAGUUGAUCACUGAAGUUGAAGUAAGGUUAGCUUAGCUAGCAUCUCUCUCUCUGCUCGGCUCGAUCCUGAGGAAAAUAUGGUGUCCUGGAUUAUAUCAAGAUCUGUCGUGCUGGUUUUUGGAAACCUCUACCCAGCGUACUGCUCUUACAAAGCAGUGAAAACCAAAAACGUCAAAGAAUACGUGCGAUGGAUGAUGUACUGGAUUAUUUUUGCCCUGUUUACAGUAGUGGAGACCGUCACCGAUCUAACCGUAGCCUGGUUUCCCCUCUAUUACGAGAUCAAGGUUGCGUUUGUGAUCUGGCUUCUGUCUCCCUACACAAGAGGAGCUAGUGUCAUCUACAGAAAAGCACUUCAUCCUCUGCUGUCCUCCAAAGAAAGGGAAAUUGACGACUACAUUGUCCAGGCGAAAGAGCGAAGCUAUGAGACCAUGGUGAACUUUGGCAAGCAGGGCCUGACCAUCGCUGCAACUGCUGCUGUGUCUGCUGCUGUCAAGGGUCAAGGUGCCAUCACAGAGAAGCUUAGGAGCUUCAGCAUGCACGACCUUACCCAGAUCCCUCAUGACGACGCGUAUUCAUCAUACAGCUCCAACCCAGCCAGAAGAGCCAUCAUGGACCAGCCCGACGGAGCUGAGUAUUAUCAUGGUGAUGACGAUGACAGGAGUGAUGACGAGGGUAAACCUGUGUACUCUGAAGAUGAAGCUGUGUCUCAUCAUGGGCUCAGACGAUCUCAGAGCGUCAGAAUCACCCGCUCAAAACUGCGCAGAGAUGCACGCUAUGGAUCUCUGAAGAUCAAAGGGAAGAAAAGACCAGCACUCAAUGCCAUGGCUGACUACUGAUGUGUGGGAAGAUGUGUCCACUUUAUCAGACAACCAAUGUGUUCAUAUUCUUCUCUUUCCAUAAGGGUUGUGGACUUUAUUUUUUUCUUUUUCAUGGAUAUACCAGCGGAUCUAUUUAUUACUUCUACCAGCAAGUGUGUACAUACAGUGAGUAUCGUGAGUUAGAGUAGUAUAUGAAACGUAUGGGGUUUGACUGAUGGGUGUAUUUGUAACGGAUGGCUUUAUUGGUCUGAAUUUGACAUUCAGAUGUCUUUAGCUCCAGUAUUUGUAUUUAGAC